AAAUAUACCCACCAUCCAAAUACGUUAUUCUCUUGAUUUUGAAUUCUGUUGUGUGGUGUAUGUGAAUAUUUGUUGAAUGAAUAGUGAGAUUUUAAACUACCUAAAAUUCGAAACUUCAAAAUGAAUAUUCAAAAAUAUGAUGGCAAGGAAAACAGGCCGAACACUGCUGAACGUGCCGACACGUGUAAAAAUAUACCAAAAAUGCCAAUUGAGAGCUCCUCAAGUACACAUCCUACUAACUUUAAAGUGCCUUUACCCCGGCCCCGUCCUCUUGCGAACAACAAUGUAAAUGACAAAAAUCCGACUGGUAGUCAAGAUGCGAAAGCGGCAGAAAACAAGAAACAAGAAUGGGCACUGACCGACUUUGAUUUGGGACGACCACUAGGUAAAGGUAAAUUUGGCAAUGUUUACUUAGCGCGCGAAAAAAAAUCACAUUACGUGGUGGCGUUAAAAGUGCUCUUUAAAAGCCAGAUCUUAGAUUCCGAUAUUGAGCAUCAAGUCAGACGCGAAGUUGAGAUUCAGUGUAGACUGAGGCAUCCUAACAUUUUACGAAUGUACGGCUAUUUUCACGACGAAAAACGCAUUUAUUUGAUUUUGGAAUACGCCAAACACGGUGCGCUUUACAAGUUAUUGAAGGAACGCGGGCGUUUCGACGAAAAAACUGCCGCAAUUUACGUUCGAGACCUAAGCAAAGCGUUGAUAUACUGUCACUCCAAAAAAGUUAUUCAUCGCGAUAUAAAACCUGAAAAUCUAUUGAUCGGUCACAACUUUGAGCUUAAAAUAGCAGAUUUUGGUUGGUCUGUGCAUUCACCAUCUUCCAGGCGUAUGACAUUAUGUGGAACCCUAGAUUAUUUAUCCCCUGAGAUGAUUGAAGGUAAGCCUCAUAGCUUUGCCAUAGAUAUAUGGAGUCUUGGUGUCUUAUGUUACGAACUGCUUGUUGGACUCCCGCCGUUUGAUGCAAAGGAUGCCAAUCAGACAUACAGAAAGAUUAAGUAUGUGAUAGUCAAAUACCCAGAUUACGUUUCUGCACAAGCUAGAGAUCUAAUGGGAAAACUACUAGUCAUUGAACCAGAGAACAGAUUACCGUUAGUACAUGUGCUACAACAUCCAUGGAUCAAACAGAAUGCUCCAGAAGGUGUCCCACCACCAGUUUUUAAUCCUGAGACAAGUGAUAAAUGAUUGUUGUACUUCAAUCGCAUAUGUUUGUGUUUGUCAAAGCCAAUAGGUAAUAGUGACCGGUAUUAUGUAAAAACCUCACCAAUGUAUAAUAAAUAAAUCUAACCCCCUCACUCAUUUUAACCUGAAUGAAUGGAGAGGUUUCAACUUAUGUUCUUUAUUAUGUAAAAAUAACUGCUCUGGGUUUUUUUAAUAUUGUCUGGUUAUAUUGUCUAUACAUUAGAGCUACAGUGCCAUUUGUUUAGUUUAGUUUGGCCCUGGUAGGCCCAGUACUCAAAGAAAUUUCCACUUAAAUUGUUGCAUCAGCAAGAAUUUUGAAAUUCAGAUCAGUUUGCUAUUUAUUAAAGUAGUUACAUAUAUGGCAAACAGGUAGCUACUGGACCUUUCAUAGAUUCAAACUACAAUAAUUAUAUUCUGACAUUGGAAUGACUGGAUUCAGAUGCCUUUUAUUGUAAUAAUGAUGUACUUACUCCUAGCAAAAGGUUGACUUAAAGUUUGACGGGAGAGAAAAAUAUUAAUAAAUGAUUUUAGUUGCUGUCCUGUGAGGCUCAUAGUAGCCAAUUUGAAAGCAUCUUUAAUGACUGCAUUUAUAGGAACAGAUUAGGUAUUUAGGUUAUUUUAUCAUGACAUUUCUUGUAUGAAGAGGUAUAAAAAUUUAAGCCACUUAUUGCAUUUUGUUAAGGCAAGGUUUCAAGUAGACCUAUUCUGGUCAUUGCUUAGUUCAAUGUAUUUCUAAAUCCUUUUCUAAUAGUUUAUGCACUAAGGCCUUGAAUAUUGUACCUUUGGAAUCCAAUAAUCCAUACUGAGAUUGUAGGAGAUUUUUUGCAAGGUAAGGAUUUGAGGGAUUACAGCAACUAGGGUUAGAACUCUGGUUGCUAGCACACAAGUCUUUAAAACAAAUUAAGAUAAAUUACAUAAUUUUUAAUACUAUUGUGUUCUUUCCCAUCCCACAUAGCAUCACAAACAUUUAGCUAUCUAUACUUGGGUAAACGGGAUCUCAUAGGUCAUAAAAGAUUCGCUGACAUUAUUAGUUUAAUUUUAUAUAAAAUGUACUGAAUUAGGUUAGGUAACAAUUAUUAUGAUUGUGAUGGAAAUCAUUAGGCCAUGUUCUAGGUAUGCCAUUCUGGGUUUAUUGAAAAAAAGAUUUUAUAGUUUGUUUUAUAUUUCUUAUAUUAUUGACUCAUAUAAUGUUUAUAUAACUAAUUCAAAUGGUUGUAUUACUGCCAUCCUGUGUAACAUGCAGCAGUCUUAAAAUAUUGUUUAUUAUUGAAAUUUGCUGCAAUGAUGGAAAAAUGUGUACAAAAAUGCAGUAAUAGUUAAAGAUGAAGCAAAGUACCCCAGUUUCUAAUUUCCUGAUUAUUGAUCAAAAGUUGCCCCUUUUAGCAGACCGAUUUGGUUGCCAAAAGGGUCAUUUGUCAGAUUAGUAAGUGAUUAUUUGGGUUCGUAAAUUGCCUACCAAUUGUAUCAGAUUGUUGAUUCAGUAUAUCAGAAACUGAGGGUUUAUAAUUAAAUUGUGAUUCAAAAUGACUGAAAAUACUAUUUAUUCUUGAUCAUGUUACAUCCUAAUUGUCAAAUAAAAACUUCUAGUUAAAUUA